GGAGCCCAGAACUGGACACAGGACUCCAGAUGCUUCAUGCUGAAUGUACAGUAAGACUGUUGGAGUGUCAGGAUGAAAUCACAAUUGAACCGUGUUCUAAAAAAAUGAAGUCAACAGAAGAGGCUUGUGAGAAACUCUGUAAUGAUGAUUACCAAAGUAUUCAAGAGAAAGUGGACUCUGAUGGAACAUCUAGUGGCUUGGUACCAGGGUAUGUCUCAGAUAACCAAAGGGAAUAUGAAAUGCAGAAGCAAGAGAAAAUAUCUACAGGUGUCUUGGAAACACUAAAUGAAGUGCUUUCUGAUAAAAAUCUAGUGCUGAGUCAACCAGCUGAUUCAGAGACUGUACAGAAUAUAAAUCAUCCAUUUGUACUAGUAGAUGGUGCUAAAGUUGAAGAUAAGCAAGGCCCUUGUAUUACUAGUAACGCUGAUGAAGGUAAUAAUAAAAAUAGCAGUAAAUCAUUCUCAGUAAAUGGAAAUGAAUUAAAUGAAGAGUUUAUUACAAGCAAAGACUUUAUCGGACCGCUUUACAAGCCUGCUGAAAGUAACAAACAGGAUGAACCUCGGAGUUGCACUGCAGGUAGAAAUAGUGAGGGAGAUCAGAAUGAAGUGUGUGAAAACAGAACUGAAAGAAAAGAAGCAAAGAAAAUAGAGACCGUUUCUUCUGCUGUAACAGAAAUAGAUGAUGAACUGUGCCAGUUUUAUAAAGAAAUUCACCAGCUUGAAAAUGACAAUUUAGAUGGUAAUUUUCAGGAGAAAGAAAUUAAAGCUUCUCAGGAACAAUAUUCUACAUAUAACUGCAGUCAAACAUCACGUGAGGAUUGUCAAGGCACGUCAUUGGGCAGCCCGCAACCCUUUUAUGAGAAUGGACAGUGUUUCUCUGGGGAACAAAAGAGUCAGAAAGCAAGUAAUGAGCAGCAGUUUGACAGGGAAACAAGUGGCUGGAAAAGUGAAAAUGCCUUUAAUGGACAACUAGAUUCUAAGUUUUGGAACAACUCAGUGCCUGAAUUCAGACCUGCCUGGCAGUCAACAGAGUCUUUCAUAGUACCUCAGGGACCUCUUCCUCCUCUGCCUCCUAGAUUGAACCAUCAGUCACAUUUUCAAAUACUUAAUUCCCCACCACGAAAAACAAAUGCUUUCCCUUUUCAAAAUGACAAACUUUCUUACAAAAAUUAUCGUGGUUACCGUGGAAAUAAUAUUAUCAACUGGCAUGGUCCAUUAUCUGAUCAAGGUGCCAGCUAUGUUGGUCGUAUUGAUAUCCAUAGUACUCAGGUAUCCAGAAAUGGAAGUAAUGACCAGAAUGUACCCAAAAAUAAUGGUUUCUAUGAAACCAGAGAAGAGUGUUGGAAAGAUCCUAAAAAUUACCAUGCAGAAGGAAUGCACAGCUUUUCUUUCCUGCAGUCACCUGAGGAAAAGUUGCGUAGUUCACAGAAAUUGCUCCUAAUUUUAAGAGGCCUACCGGGUUCAGGGAAAUCAACACUUUCUCGUUUUCUGCUUGGCCAAAACUGUGAUGGCAUCGUAUUCAGCACUGAUGAUUAUUUUCGUCAGCAAGAUGGAUAUACAUAUAAUGCUGCUCAGCUUGGUGAUGCCCAUGACUGGAAUCAGAAGAGAGCAAAGCAAGCAAUGGAGCAGGGAAAAUCUCCAAUUAUAAUAGACAACACUAAUACUCAAGCCUGGGAAAUGAAGCCAUAUGUGGAAAUGGCUCUAGAAAAGGGAUACAGAGUGGAGUUCCGUGAGCCAGAUACUUGGUGGAAGUUUGAUCCUGAAGAAUUAGAAAAGAGGAAUAAACAUGGGGUCACUCGUGAGAAGAUUGCUCAGAUGCUGGAACGAUAUGAAUAUCAAAUAUCCAUACCUAUUGUCAUGAAUUCAGUGGUACCUCCUCACAAACACAUACAAAAGCCACCUCUGCAGCGAAGACAUAGGGAGACAAUUUUAAAGAAGAACACUGGGCACCAAUUGACAAAAGUGAAGCAGAAGAAAAAGCGAAAAAGAAACAAAAAAAUGAAGGGCAAUCAUACAGAAAUUAUGAAGAAAAAAUUAGGUGGAGCAGCUCAUCAUCUAAUUCCAGAUGACCAGGAAACAUCAGAAACUGAAGAUGAUGACUCAGAAGAAGAAAACAGAAAAUCUUUGUGUACAUUUAGUGAUGAACCAGGGGAUCCAAUAGUGGGUUGUGAAGAGGGGCUGCCUAAUGAUGAUAAUGGAAGCCUAAAAGCCACAGUGUUUCCAAAAGAAAGGUCUCCUAUUGCUGGGUCUGAGACGUCAACUGUGUUGGACAGUGCACUGAAAAAUGAAUUGUCUGUAGAAAGUGGCAAUUCAUGUCUAUUAAAUUUACAAUCUCUUUCUAAUGAAAACAUAACUAAAUGUGCAUUUGAUGAUCAGGAAACAGACCAAAGGCAGAAAGAAAGUGUUUUAGAAAGCAAGAGCAGUUUCCUAAAAAUAAGUGACGAUAAAAAUUGCAUCCAAGAAACAGAAAGCAGCUGUGCUGAUUAUAACACUGUGCUGUUAGGCACAAAAAACAAACUUAGAUCAGAUCAAAUUACAUGUGAACCUGACAUGGAAGCUAAGCCUUUAAGUUUGAACAGUGAAAAAAAAGAAAUCUCUCAGUGUUACAAUUCAGAAGUAUAUGAUAAGAUGUCUGAUGAUAAUACAGAGGAGAAACAUGCAUUAGAAGGAGAGAAGAAUUGCUCUAAUGGCUGGGCGUUUUUUUCAGUUAAUUUACCUACUGAGGAAUUGCAGCUCGACUUUGAUAAACAAGUUUCUCUCUCUUCUUGGUCUGAGGAUAAGUUUGUAGGUGAACAAAGACAAAAAAAAGUGAGGAAACCGAAACAGGCUCAUACUAACAGCUCAACAGAGGUAAAUUGCCAUCAAUCUUAUGAAGAACUGGUAAAGGAAAACCAUCCAUUGAUAAAGAUAACAGCAACUGAGGAGACUGGUUAUGUAAUAAGCCAUGGUCCAUGUGCAUCUCCAGCAGGUGAAAUGCACAUUGAUCCACUUGUGGAUUCCAGUGGCACCUUCACGUGCUGUGUGAGUCAAGUAAGCACUCCAGGAAGCGGGCCUGCGCCAAUUACCUCCAAGAGGAAAAGAUACAAAAGAAUUUUCAAUUUGGCACCAAAGUUUAAUCUACCAAGACAGAUUGCUGCCUAUACAGAGGGAAGGAAGGAAGUACAAUUAAGAGCUGAUGUCCCCUCAAAAGAUGUUUUAGAAACUGAGCAAAAGAGAAUUCUGAACAAAGACAAGGGAGAGGAACAUGAACAGAACCUUAUGUCUCAGGAAUGUUCUGCACUUUACAACGACAAAGAGACAGCCUACUCCUUACCUACCCAUGAUGUAGAUUCUCCAUUACGUGACGUUUCAUGUAGCCAUUUGGGACAGUCUGAAUCUUCUCUGAUGCCAAGUGUUUGUAUUAUUUCCAGGACAAAAGAGGAACAAGAUGGAACUUGUAAGCAACAAGUAGUUGAUGAAAAAGAAGGUGAGAGUGAACAAGCCUCUUCAGAGGUUACAACUAGCCAACCAGAUAUUUUGUCUUCUGUUAAAGUGGUUUCUGAAUAUCCAGAAAGUUCUAAUAUGUUGGAAGCCUGUGGUGAAAAUGUGCACAAAGCAGAUGACCCUGAGCCAUUAGAGGCUUCACAGAUUGAAGAUAAGCAAGAUGUGAACAUGAAACGUAAUUUUCUGGGACUUCCCUUAUCAUUAGGAUUUGCUUUCCAACUUGUGCAGCUGUUUGGUUCUCCAGGCCUUCCACUGGAAUCCUUGUUGCCAGAUGAUUAUAUAGUUCCUCUUGACUGGAAAGUUUCAAAGAUGAUCUAUUUACUGUGGAAGACCUCUGUGGAGGAGAAACAGAAAAUAAGUCGAUUGCAGAAUGGAAGUGCCUUUGCUGAUGAUACUGUUGGUCUUGAAGAGCUAAAUAAAAAUUGUCAAGAGAAUCAAGACUCUUCUGAGACAUUACCAGAAAUAGAGCUGUUUCAAGGGGAGAUAGAAGAGAACAUCAUGACCCAAACUAGCACUGGCUGCCUGGAUACUGUACUUCAUCAGUCAUGAUUGGCCAUCUUAAAUAAAAAAAUUCUGCAUGAAGGAAAAGAAAUUUCUCACUUUGAUUCUACCUUGGAAGGACCUCAGUUUACAACCAAGUAUUUUAAAUGUAAGGAAUAAGCUGGAAGAAAAUAAUCAGUGUAGACUUCUGUCGGGAAUCUGUGGUCACCAUUUUUUCCUUCCCUGUUAUCACUCGUAGUCCAUGAAAUAAAAAUCAAAGUCAAUAUAGCUUUUAUGCGUGAGGCAAAAGGCCACUUUCUGAAGCCGUUUCGAAUUUAUUUCUUUUUCUAUACAUCCUUGAGUGUGAUACAAAUAAACUGAAAAUAGAGACCAAUAAGCACAGUGGAGUAGGCUGUCGGCAGAAGGUGUGAACUUCAGCCUCUUGUAUUUAAUUCACUUGUAUUGGGAUCUCAGAUGCUGCUACAUGAACUAAAAAGUCAGGGCUUCCUGGUAACGAAGCCUUCCUGCAGAGAAAGGUAUCAUUCUUUUAUUGUUAAUUAGGCGGUUUAUCCUACUCCUGCUUGCAUUUACCUUUCAUCCUGCUUCUAUUACUCGUAAUUAUAGCCCAAUGUCUUCAGAAGGUCAAGUGGAAGAAGUCUUCAUCAAUCUCUCCUUUCCUCUGCAGGUGCACAAAUUACAUUGUUUUUCUCCUGAAACCAUGCUUAAUGUUUCCCUUGGAGUACAUCGUUUUGUAACUAUAGAAAUGAGGAGAAAUUUUCACUAUGGAGCUGAUCCAGGCACACUGGAGGAAAGAUGCUUAUGGUUUGUUGUGGACUAAGGUUUAUAACUCAUGCUGGUAAUCAGUGAUUUGAUUUUUCUAUUAGUGAUUAUUUUUUGCCAUUUUUUUCUUAAAAUCCUUAUAAUGUGAGGAUAAAUUUAAAAUAAUCUAGUCUAAAAGCAGUUGUUUCCUUAAUUUUUUUUCCUUCAAGAUUAAGUGUAGUGUUUAUUCUUCAACUAGAAUAACAGUAACAACUGUUACUGGUAACAACUCUGUUACUCAGGAAAUUAUCCCAAUAGCACUAGUAGAGUAUUGAUUUCAUCAGGGAGAUAGGAAGCAGAGAUUGAUGAACACUAACAAUAAAAUCUGAAGUCUGGCUGUUGCAAGUGUCUCUGUAAGGCCCACCCAGGUGUCAAAGAAAAGUAGGAAAUAUUUACGUGAGCCAAAUGACAUAGGCAGUGAAUUUGAUCCCGUGUUUUUUAAACUGAAUUCCAUAUUUUCUUUCUGAGGCAUGAUUGGAUGCAUCUAUGUAUGUUCUUUGUUCUAUAGAGCCGGUAAAUAGGGCAGGGCUUCUCUGCCAGCUACCGCUUUUAUGGGGAAGCACGAAAUUGCUCCGAUAUGAGUACUGCUGUGGCUCAUAACUCCUGAACGUUUUGUGCAUUUAUCUUCAACCUGGUUCUCUGAUGCCUGGCUCCUCUGCCUGGCAGAGGACAAAGUGGAGCACUGUGGGUUGACCUAGUUACUUAUGCCAAAGUGACUAGUGCUUUCACCUGCUGAUGGAAAUCAGUACAAACAUGAAAGGAGUGAGGAAACCAGAAGGCAAUAGGUAUGGUUUGAUGAACGAAAAAGAAAAGGGGCCAGCAGGGGCAGGGGAGAUCACAAAGGAUAUCUAUUUUUAAGAGAAAAAGCAGGACUGCUUGCUGAAAUAGCAGGUCAUGAAGGUGAGACAGGAAUAGAGAAUGGAGCAGGGUAGAAGGUGAAAGGACAGAUCAAAAGAUUAUUGAACUGAGGAAAAUGUCACUAAGGGGCAGUUAUGGGUAAAGGAUGCAGGAAAGAAAAAAAAAUUAAAUUCAUUUAAUCAGAAAGAGCAACCGUAGUCAAUUAGGAGGGAAACUACCAUGGGAACGGCUGGAAACUUCUUCGUAGUGAGCGGGAAUGACAAAAAAGACAAAUAUGAGAAGAAGAGAAACAAGGAAACUUACAUUUCAUGUGCUUGUUAAAAGUAAUACUUCUCACUUCUGCAGCUUCCACAUCCAGAAUAUUCAUCCAGUGACGUUUUCCCAAUUCAUUCGUUUCCUCUUUCUUAUCUUUUCCCUGCACCCUUUUCAUUGUGCAUCAGCUGAAGAGCCAGCACCUGACUGAAGUCUUGCUAAAACCUUGCUGCGCUGUGGUCCAAACAGCCAGUGUGUACCCACGCUCCACUUAAAGAAAUAUUACAUAUACAUAUAAGCAGGUAGAAGAUAUUCCUAAAUUAAUGCAUUUCUAAAUUAAUGUUACACCAUUGGCAAAACUUCUUGGUGGCUGCACUUUCAUUUUUCGUGUGUAUGGUCUCUUUCCUUUCCUUUCCUUUCCUUUCCCUCGGCUUGAAAUGUACUGCUCUUCGACGAGCAUGCCCCUUACAGAAAAUGUUGUGGAGAAGAUGCGUAAUUCACGGUGAUCGUACCCUCAGUUUCAGACUUAUCUGAAGUACUAGUGGCAGCAGAAAGGUUGGUUUGGUUCCAAUAAAAUGUCAAUCAAGCAGUAAUAUUUUCUUUUUACCUUUAUUUAUCCAGAAAGAAUUCUGAAUGCAUAUAUUUUCUGUAACUGAAUACCAAA